CGGCGCAGAGGCCGACCGCUGUCCCGGCUGCGCGGCGGAAGGGGAAGGACCCGGCGCAGGCUCGGCCCCCUGGGCCCCAAGCUGCUGCGGCGUGAGGUACCCGCAUGUUGCAGCUGGUGAGCCGACCUCUGUCUUGCAUCCGUGUUGCAGGCCGCUUGCCUUCGCGGUCCCUCAUGAAUCUCGGGGAACUCGUUUCUGCCCUGAACAACUUUGCUUCCCUCUCCCUGGCUGAAAGCUGGGACAAUGUGGGGUUGCUGGUGGAACCAAGCCCGCCGCACACUGUGAAGACCCUGUUCCUCACUAACGACCUCACCGAGGAGGUAAUGGAGGAGGCAGUGCAGAAGAAAGCAGACCUUAUUCUUUCUUACCACCCCCCUAUAUUCACGCCGCUCAAACGAGUAACGUGGAAGACCUGGAAGGAACGGCUGGUGGUCCGAGCUCUGGAGCACAGAAUCGGGAUUUACUCCCCGCACACGGCAUACGAUGCCGUACCUCAUGGCGUCAAUAACUGGCUAACAAAGGGACUUGGUGCCUGUAAUUCCGUCCCAUUGCACCCAUCAACCUCUCCAAGCUAUCCAACUGAAGGCACUCACCGAGUAGAAUUCUGUGCAGACACCACUGAACAUCUAGAGACAGUGGUCUCCAAAAUCAAAGACAUCCAGGAGAUUUUCCAUCUCACUACUUUCCCUGUCAGGGUUGAAGGUAAGGAGCAAACACGAGUCAGUCUGAACUGCUCUCAGAAAGCACUGCUGGAGGUGGUGGCAUUAUUGUCUCAGAACAGCCUUCUUCAUCACAAGACUGAGAUUCUCACAUUACAAAAGCCUCUUCUUCCACAUACUGGAAUGGGACGUCUAUGCAUACUGAGUAAACCAGCCUCCUUGUCAGACAUUAUUGAGCGUAUCAAAAGUCACCUAAAAUUACCCCACAUCCGCCUAGCCCUGGGAGCAGGCAAGACACUAGAUUCACCAGUGAAGAAAGCUGCUCUGUGUGCUGGUUCUGGGAGCAGUGUCCUGAAGGGAACGGAAGCUGACCUCUACCUCACAGGAGAGAUGUCCCACCAUGAUAUUCUGGAUGCAGUUGCCAACAGAAUAAGUGUUAUUCUUUGUGAACACAGUAACACCGAGAGAGGCUUUUUGUCAGAACUGGGUGACAUGCUUAAUAUCCAUCUACAGAACAAAAUCAACAUAAUUGUGUCUGAGAAGGACAGAGAUCCCCUUCAGGUGGCAUAAAAGGAAAAGAAGAAAAAAAGGGGUGAGAGAACACAAUCAAGAGUUUCAUACUAUCUUGAUAGGUCUACAGACCUAUCCAAAUGAAAGCUUAAUGAAGAUGCUCUGAAUUGGUUCAGUAUAGGAUUGUAUUAUAUGUUCCCCCAAAGUCUGGGAUAUAGAUUGUUAUGUCAGAUACCUAAUAAAUGCUUGUUUCUAGCUACUCAAAUAUGAUUUACUCAAUUACUGGGUUGCACUUGAAUGAAGUUACUGUUAGUACA